CAACCGCUACAACGGCCCAAGUACCACAAGCACGUCGUGAGCAGCGGCCGUUUACAUACACGCGUCCCGUCGUCCAAGGCUUUACCCAAGAACCACGCGACUUCAACUACGAAAUUCAAUCAAACUCGACGACACGUAUCCCCCUCGCCCGAACGCCCAGAACGACCCCCCAUGCUGCUCGCUGCUCAUCGCCGAACUACGUCCGACGUGAGGCUGUCGCGCGACAACUCGGCCACAAACCUGAAGAAAAACUCAUCGCACACGAGUCUCAAGCGCAACCGUUCGCACGUGGAAGUGGGCAAACGAGCCAAGUCUGGCACGAACAUCAAACGGACCUCAUCCCAAAAGGAAAUCAGCAAGCUCAAGGGUGGUGCUAAGAGCCAAGUGCAUUUUGAUUUAGGCAACGACGGCCAGGAGGACGACGAAGGCGAGUGGGUGGACGCCAGUGGUUCAGCCUCACCUUACCUUUCGCGACGCGGCUCGGUCGCUGGCAGUGUACCUUCCUCGGGGAAGGUGCCAGCAAGCCUGGAGGUGAGCCCGCAACGUCAUACACCUCCGACCGUACCUAAUGAGGAGUGCGAAACUCCCGAGCGCGAUACCGCCCAUCGUAAGAUAUCGUUGACAUCGAGACUACUGCAAAGAACGCCGUCUCACGGCGCGCCGCCACAAAUGUCCAUUGAAACGGUGCGAGUACAUCCUCAUUCACCCUCCCCAGACUCUGGUUUGAGCCGAGCGUCUUCUACACUCUAUGGGACUCCGAAGACGACUCGGGCUGGAACCGGUCUUACUGGCACAACCCUCGUGGGCUCCAAGGAUGAACUCACGUCGCGAUUUGUCGAUGGACCGAGUUCUGUGGCAAACCCUGAUGCUGGCUCCUUUUACUCACGUACAAGAGCCACCGCCCGGCAAAAUGACCGCGACCGCGUCAGACGUCCACGAUCGCUGGCCGACCUUCAGCAAGAGCACCGAGACUCUGCGACCGACGAGCCAGAAGAGGAGAAUGGCAGCGCCCUAGCCCCGCGAACCAGAAGAUCUGGUUACAGGGCUCCACCGGCAGAGACAUCACGCACGCAGCAGAAGUUGAACCUCCAACGUGCAAGCUCUAGCAUGGAACCUACGCAAGGCAGCGGCAGUGUGGGGGCGGUCGGGGCGAGUCCACUGGUCGGCGGCGGCGUUUACGACACAAGAGAUCCUCGUAUCGGCAAGAUGCUCGACCGCACAGGGUCGGAGUAUCUUGUGGUACGCAGAUAUCAGAACCCCAUUGCGAGAUCAAUAGCACGUCUCCAUCAGCUUCCUAACGCCGAUAAGCGACAACUCAUACCCAAGCAGAACGGCCACCGAAGCAAUGGGUCAACACACAACAAGAAAACAUCGAAUGACUCUCGGGGCUACGGCUUGAAUGAAAGCCUGGUGCCGUCCCAAAGAUCGCGCCCACCCACGCCCCGACGAACAGAAUCGGUUCGAACGAAUGGCGCAAAUUCGAGUUUCGAGGCUGAAGAGGACAGGAUACAAGAUCGUCUUAGUGGAUCGGGCUUUGUGGACGGAGACGAUAACACCGUCGCUGCGCUCCUGAGAAACCUGUGGGAUAAGAACCUGGAUUUGUCUGCAAGUCAGGACUAG